AAGCAUCAGAGAACCCACACAGGGGAGAAACCUUUUGAAUGCUCAGAGUGUGGAAAGAGAUUCAGUGAGAGUGGCCAUCUUCAGAAGCAUCAAAGAACCCACACAGGGGAGAAACCUUUUGAAUGCUCAGAGUGUGGAAAGAGGUUCAGUCAGAAUGGCAAUCUUCAGCAGCAUCAGAGAACCCACACAGGGGAGAAAUGUUUUGGAUGCUCAGAGUGUGGAAAGAGAUUCAGUCACAGUAGCAGUCUUAAACUGCAUCAGAGAACCCACACAGGGGAGAAACCAUUUGAAUGCUCAGAGUGUGAAAAGAGAUUCAGUCGGAGUGACAGUCUUCAGAAGCACCAAAGAACCCACACAGGGGAGAAGCCUUUUGAAUGCUCAGAGUGUGGAAAGAGAUUCAGUGAGAGUAGCAGUCUUCAGAAGCACCAAAGAACCCACACAGGGGAGAAACCUUUUGAAUGCUCAGAGUGUGGAAAGAGAUUCAGUCGGAAUGGCAAUCUUCACCUGCAUCAAAGAACCCACACAGGGGAGAAACCUUUUGAAUGCUCAGAGUGUGGAAAGAGAUUCAGUCAGAGUGGCCAUCUUCAACUGCAUCAGAGAACCCACACAGGGGAGAAACCUUUUGAAUGCUCAGAGUGUGGAAAGAGAUCCGGUCUCAAUAGCAGUUUUCAACAUCAUCAAAGAACCUACACAGGGGAGAAACAUUUUGAAUGGUCAGAGUGUGGAAAGAGAUUCAGUCGGAAUGGCAAUCUUCACCUGCAUCAAAGAACCCACACAGGGAAGAAACCUUUUGAAUGCUCAGAGUGUGGAAAGAGAUUCAGUCAGAGUGACCAUCUUCAACUGCAUCAGAGAACCCACACAGGGGAGAAACCUUUUGAAUGCUCAGAGUGUAGAAAGAGAUUCAGUCACAAUAGCAGUCUUCACCUGCAUCAAAGAACCCACACAGGGGAGAAAUCGUUUGAAUGCUCAGACUGUGGAAAGAGAUUCAGUUGGAAUGGCAAUUUUCAAGUGCAUCGAAGAACCCACAGAAGGGGGAAAAAUGUAGCUGCUUAG